AGAUACAGAGUGAGUGAGUGAGAGAGAGAGAGAGAGAGAGAGAGAGAUCUGUAUUUUGAGGAAACGUUUUGUCCGAGCUUUGGUGACAUUCAGAGCAUUUCAUACCGUUUGCAUUUCUACUAAAAAAGUAUCCAGAAAUGAAGCGUUCCCAGUUCAGGAACUCCAGUCCACACAGAGACAUCCAGCCCCCAGUGACUCAGCUGAGACUGGUGCUGCUGGGCAGAACAGGUUCAGGUAAAAGUGCCACUGGAAACACCAUCUUAGAUAAAGAAUGUUUCCAAUCUGAAGUAAGUAUGAGUUCAGUGACAAAUCAAUGCCAGAAGGAAUGUGGAGUAGUUGGUGGGCGGAGCCUGGCAGUGAUUGACACUCCUGGCUGGUUUGACACCGACGUCCAGCAAAAUGAAGUAACAGAUGAAGUGCUGAGAUGUCUGCUCAUGUGUUCACCUGGACCACAUGCGUUUCUGCUCAUCAUACCGAUCGCCCGCUUCACAGAGGAGCAGCAGAAGACUGUAGAUAUGAUUGAGAAGGUUUUCAAGGGGAACUUCAGUGACCACAGCAUCAUCAUAUUUACCCGUGCAGACGAGCUGGAAGGAGAGACGAUUGAGAACUUCAUGAGAAGACAGGCCAAGAGAAUCCAGGAUCUUAUUGCACGAUUCGGUGGGCGUUACCUGGCUUUCAAUAACAAGAACCCAAAAGACCGGGACCAAGUGAAACAGUUCCUGAAGAAGCUGGAUGAGUUGCUGGAACAGAACGAGAAUCGUCACUUCUCCAACCAGACUUUUAGAACAGAAACCUCACACUGUUUGACUUUCUAUACAAAAAAGUAUCCAGAAAUGAAGCGUUCCCAGUUCAGGAACUCCAGUCCACACAGAGACAUCCAGUCUCCAGUGACUCAGCUGAGGUUGGUGCUGCUGGGCAGAACAGGUUCAGGUAAAAGUGCCACUGGAAACACCAUCUUGUAUAAAAAAAGUUUCCAAUCUGAAGUAAGUAUGAGUUCAGUGACAAAUCAAUGCCAGAAGGAAUGUGGAGUAGUUGAUGGGCGGAGCCUGGCAGUGAUUGACACUCCUGGCUGGUUUGACACCGACCUCCAGCAAAAUGAAGUAACAGAUGAAGUGCUGAGAUGUCUGCUCAUGUGUUCACCUGGACCACAUGCGUUUCUGCUCAUCAUACCGAUCGCCCGCUUCACAGAGGAGCAGCAGAAGACUGUAGAUAUGAUUGAGAAGGUUUUCGAGGGGAACUUCAGUGACCACACCAUCAUCAUAUUUACCCGUGCAGACGAGCUGGAAGGAGAGACGAUUGAGCACUUCAUAAGAAGACAGGACAAGAGAAUGCAGGGUCUUAUUGCACGAUUCGGUGGGCGUUACCUGGCUUUCAAUAACAAGACCAGAGAGAAACAGGACCAGGUGAAGCAGCUCCUGAGGAAGCUGGAUGAGUUGCUGGAACAGAACGAGUAUCAUCACUUCUCCAACCAGGACACAGAGGUUAUAGUGAAGGCACAAGAGAUGUUGGAACAGAAAAAGCAAGAAAAACUAAAUGAAGAAAUUCAGAAGGCAAAGGAAGAAGUAAGGCACAUUGCUGAAUAUCGGCGUGCCAACAUCAUUAAAGACCUUGUGGAGAAGAAGCAAGAAAUACAAAUACGCAGGAAGCACAUCCAAGGCAAUAUCAACGAAUUAACAGUUGAGAUAAGAAAAGAAAAGGAAAAGCGGUGUGCAGAUCCAGCCAGACUGCAGCACCUGCGCAAUCGUCUGCAGAGAGAGAAGAACAGUCUAAUUCAUUUACAGGAAGAGCAGCAGAUGGAGAUAACGAAAAGUGAAGAAGAGAAGCAGAAACUUGAAAUAUGGAUCAAGGAUGAAGAGCACAGGAUUGAACAAGAGAAGAGAGAAAAGGCUUCAAUUGAGAUUGAAAGCAAUUUGAUUAACGAUGACAGCUAUCUUAAAACUCUGAUGUACGUUGUAAUUUUUUUGGGAGGGGCUCAAUUGGGAAUUCCAUUUUCACGUGCACUUUUAACCAGUUUAGUGGCAACAAACGUGACAGCAAGUUUAAUUCCACUUCUUGGAUCAGAGCGUUCAAGGGCUGUGACAGCAGCUGUUGCAAAAGCAGCUCAUGAUGGAGCAAAUCGCGUGAGAAAUAACCUUUGUUCCAUUCAGUAACCCAAAAAAUAAUAAUAUGUCUCAGUCAUCUAUCUGUAGGUUCAUACAGCAUAACAUUUAGUAUAGUCUGUGAGUGUAUAGUCUGUGAGUCUCUGAUUUGCCCUUUUCAAAAAAAAAAAAUCCCUUGUUUCUGUCGCCCUCUUGUGGCUGAUUGCAAUUCAAUCCUUAUUCUAGCCAAAUUUCACAGAGGAUUAUGACAAACUUUUAUUACUAGUAAUUUAACACAUUUUAUAUUAUCAUAACCUUUGGGCUAUAUAAAGAGCCAUAUUAUCUUGCUAGCAUGCUAACAAAAUACUUUAUUUGUACACAGUAACUACAUAAUCUGAUAUUAAAAAACAAUGUCAUGUCUACAUUUAAUAUUAAUAAAUGUACUCCCUUCCUGAA